AUGCGGAGCAGUGGCAGGAGCGAAGCCGCCACCGGCGUUUCGCCGCGUCACUGCGAGCCAACCGUCCGCGCAGGGCGCGGGAAGAGUCCGAGGCAGCCAAGUCCACCGACGACUGGCUUGAUGUCAGCUCGGGAGCUGCCGGAGGUCAACAGCCGGCUGGUGUUGCCACUGGCUACGCAAAGUCAAGAGGCAGCACGACGAGGGCAAGGUCAUUUGCGUGCCGUCUCAAACGUGUUCAAGCCGGAGUGGGUGGAUUUGUACGGCGCGGGCUCUUCAGAGCUUUCAGACGCCCGCGCCGAAGAGUUCAACUUGGCCAAGGAGACUUUCCGGAAUGGCCGGCCCGAAGGAUGGGGCCAAGGCACGAUUGAGAUCAACAGUGUUGAGUACUCCCGGCAAGCCCCAGUCCAUGAGUGGACCAAAAAACCGCUGGGCGAGGGCUGCCGUUGGGAGCGGCAGACCCUGGACAAGUUGCCUUUCCCCGUGUACGCAUUUUUUAUGCCCUGA